GUCGUUUGCUUGCGGUCAAUUGACAGCCAGCGUGUUCAGCCUCCGUUUACUUAAACCAGGCGCAUUCCAUUCUAUCCGGUCCUGGCUUCCCAUAGACGGCAUUGUUCUAUCCCAGCCUUCUGAUAUAUUUCGCUGAAUACUCUACGGAACCGUAUCUUCAAUAUGUUUGUGGAAAGCGCAAAGAAGGCGCUUUUGGCGUUGUCUCUUUUGGCUGCUAGUGCACAAGCUGUGCCACGAGUCCGCCGGCAAGGCGCCUCGAGCUCCUUUGAUUACAAGAGCCAGAUAGUCCGAGGUGUCAAUCUGGGUGGCUGGCUGGUGACCGAGCCUUGGAUUACACCUUCACUCUAUGACAGUACUGGAGGUGGUGCGGUAGAUGAAUGGACACUGUGUCAGAUAUUGGGCAAAGAUGAAGCCCAGGCUAAAUUGUCGUCUCACUGGAGCUCGUUCGUCACGCAAAGUGACUUUGACCGUAUGGCUCAGGCAGGACCGAAUCAUGUCCGCAUUCCUAUUGGAUACUGGGCCGUUGCUCCCAUUGAUGGUGAGCCGUAUGUCAGCGGUCAGAUCGACUAUCUCGACCAGGCGGUCACCUGGGCUAGAGCUGCUGGCCUCAAAGUUCUUGUUGAUCUGCACGGUGCACCGGGCUCUCAAAACGGAUUUGACAAUAGUGGACAUCGAGGUCCCAUCCAGUGGCAGCAAGGGGACACAGUCAACCAAACUAUGACCGCAUUCGAUGCUCUUGCAAGGCGCUACGCUCAGUCCGAUACCGUCACGGCGAUCGAGGCCGUCAACGAACCCAACAUCCCCGGUGGCGUAAACGAGGAUGGCCUCAAGAACUACUACUACGGUGCUUUGGCCGAUGUCCAGCGUCUCAACCCCUCUACUGCUUUGUUCAUGUCGGACGGCUUUCAGCCUGUGGAGUCCUGGAACGGGUUCAUGCAAGGUAGCAAUGUUGUCAUGGAUACGCAUCACUAUCAAGUCUUUGACACCGGCUUGCUUUCCAUGAGCAUCGAUGACCAUGUCAAAACGGCGUGUUCUCUCGCCACACAACACACAAUGCAAUCAGACAAGCCUGUCGUCGUGGGUGAGUGGACCGGUGCUCUAACCGAUUGUGCCAAGUAUCUCAACGGCAUUGGUAAUGCCGCUCGCUACGAUGGCACAUACAUGUCCACCACCAAGUAUGGUGACUGCACCGGCAAGAGUACUGGUUCUGUGGCUGACUUCUCAGCUGAUGAGAAAGCGAAUACCCGUCGCUACAUUGAGGCUCAGUUGGAGGCUUACGAGAUGAAGAGUGGAUGGCUCUUCUGGACUUGGAAGACCGAGGGUGCCCCGGGAUGGGACAUGCAAGACCUUCUCGCUAACCAACUCUUUCCUACCUCCCCUACUGAUAGACAAUACCCUCAUCAGUGCUCUUGAAAGACUAAUUUGGCGAUUGAGCGUUUGGAUAUUACUCCCCAAGAUAUCCUUUGUCAUUCUUUCAUAUGCGUCAUGAUUCAUAGUUGGGGCUUAUCCCCUCUCGUGCUGAUGUUUGUUGAGACCUGCACUGCUUAUCCCUUUCUUCCUUGCUCUUCCUCUACACUACUUAAACAAACAAGAUCAGUCUCGCAUGGUAAUUUCAUU